GUCAGACGAGUACCAGGUUCCAGUGGUCACCUCCAUAAAACAGAAGAUGGGGACUGGGAAUGGAGUGAUGAUGAAAUGGAUGAGAAGAGCGAGGAAGGCAAAGCUGCUGUUUCUCAGGAAAAGUCACGAAGAGUGAAAGAAGAGGAGAACACGGAGUCUCAGCCUGCUGUUACUGAUGAAUAUAGUGAAGUUCCAUGUGCAGUGAAUCUUGUCUUAAGACUAAGGAACUCCAGGAAAGAACUUAAUGACAUACGGUUUGAGUUUACUCCAGGCAGAGACACAGCAGAUGGCGUUUCUCAGGAGCUGUUCUCUGCAGGCCUGGUUGAUGGCCAUGAUGUAGUUAUAGUUGCUGCUAACUUACAGAAGAUAGUAGAUGAUCCAAAGGCCUUGAAAACAUUGACUUUUAAGUUGGCCUCUGGCUGUGAUGGCACUGAGAUUCCUGAUGAAGUGAAACUGAUUGGGUUUGCUCAGUUAAGUGUCAGCUGAUGUCUGUCCCUUGACCCCAAGCCGAAUUGUGAGAUUGCGAAGAGGCCAGCUUAGAUGCAAAGGAAAAUUAAUGCACCACACACUGAGUUCUGCUUCAUUCUCUAGCAAUUCACAAAGUCAGAACAAGCAAAGCCCACAGCUACACCGCUGCUGCUAACAUUCGAAAUGCUAAUAAAUGUCUCUUAGCAGUUGAUUUGGAUUCCCCCUAAGUGAAAAGCCUGUGGAAAUGCACUCAGGUGGCUGUAUUUAUUGGUUACAAAAGGAAUUUUCUAUCAAGCUUACUUCUUUCAUAAACUUUGAGUGAUACUAUUUUACCUGUACUUGUGGUUGAUAAUACUGCCUCUGUUCUGUUAUAUUUAGAAAUUAACAUAAAUAUAAAAGUUAAGAAUUAUUAGCCAAACUUGAAUUCUAGUUUUAAAACUGACUGUGAAUUUUAUUUUUCAUAUAUUUAUGCAUUACACAUCCUAGUAAUAAGAAAAUUAUUUGACUUGAUUAUGUGCUAUUUGCAGUUAAUCUCCCAUUAUUUAAAAAAGUUUCAGGUAUAUCUUUGAAGUAUUUGGUAACUUCUAGAGUUUUUUUGAAAUUAGUUAAUUAGGCAUUAGCAAGCUUUUGUUGGUUGUGUGUCUAAAAACCAGUCCACAAACUGAUUGUUAAGGGAGUGGGAGGUGCCUUGCAGAUAUUAAUGUUUUAAGAAUGUGCCUGAGGCUGCUUAAAUAAAUAAUCUCCAUUUUCUAGAAGUAC